AUGUCGUUUGAUAUCAACUGGGACCAGCUUGCCACUGAUGCUGAGUUGAAUUUGCAGUUCCAGCAGUUUCUUGACCGCCAGUUCAAGAGCAUCUCUUUCCCCCCAUACAUCACAGACGUCUGUGUCACAAAUUUUCAGUUGGGCUCAAUUCCGCCAGAAAUCACCAUCAGACACAUAGGCGAUCCCUUUCCUGAGUUCUAUACCGACGACGACGACAACGACAACGACAAUGAUGAUGAUGAUGAUGAUGGCAGUGAUACUUCGACCAAUCCUACUCCCUCUAUAUCCAACGAGAUUGGCAAUGACAGUAGUAAUAAUGGCAAUAACAUCAACAGUGACAAUGCAACGAGCAUCAAGUCAAAAUUAAAAAGCGAAAAUGAUCCAAACGAUAUUCAGUUUAUCAUCGAAAUUGAUUAUAAGGGAAACUUGUCAAUCGAAAUCUCUGCAAGUUUAUUACUAAACUAUCCCUUUCCCGGUUUUAUUCAAUUGCCUGUGAAGCUAAAACUAACAAACUUGGUGAUUCAUUCAUUGGCAAUAUUAUCCUAUUGCAAAAGAUUAAUCAACUUUUCCUUUCUAUGUGAUAUAAAUGACCCAAUUACCAAUUCCACUCCACCAAAUAUUGCCUCUACUUCCACUUCUAAUCGUUCUUUAAUUGACAUCAUCAAGAACAUCAAAAUCGAGUCUGAAAUUGGUAAUGGCGAGCCCAACAACAGCAGCAGCAGCAACAACAACAACAACAACAACCACACCUCGGUGUUGAGAAACGUUGGCAAGGUGGAAAAGUUCCUUAUUGAAAAGAUACAAAGCAUUCUUCGCGAUGAGCUCGGCUGGCCUGGCUGGAUUUCCUUCGACUUUUCCUCUACAGACGACUCUGGCGACGACGCUCUGGAAGCAGAUUCCUCUUCUUUUGCUUCUGAUUCCGACGACGAAAAAACCGCCGUGAACUAG